AUGGCUGCGAUGGAUAUCUUCAACGAGUCGAAGCCGCAGAUGGACGGCUUCUCUAACAGUUUCACUAAGGAGGCAGAAGAUCUUGUCUCUACAUUUUUCCCCCAGAAGAUCGAAGAGCUGCAGCAGCUGCUGAAGACCGCUUUCAGUUCUGAUGACCUAGCAUCCCUGAAGGCACCGCUGGACAUUCCCAUCCCGGACCCGGUGAAGGAGGAGGCCAAACGCAAAAAGAUGGAGGAGGAGAAAAAGGAGCAGGGGGACAAAAAAGACAAAAAGGAGGACGAGGAGGAGUCUGGGCCUCCUUGCGGUCCUAUCUGCUGCAAUGAACGAGUGGAGACGCUCCUGAAGGAGGUCAAGCCCCAGAUACAGACACUCAAAGAGAAGAUCAACAUGCUGACCUUGUGGAUACAACUUCAAAUACCCAAAAUUGAAGACGGUGACAACUUUGGAGUGGCAGUGCAGGAAAAAGUGUUUGAGAUGCUAACAAGCUCACGCACCAAGAUAGAGGGAUUCCAAACUCAGAUGUCAAAAUAUUACAACGAGAGAGGCGACGCCGUCGCCAAAGCGUCAAAAACACCUCACGUGGGAGACUACCGGGAGUUGGUUCGCGAGCUGGACGAGAAUCAGUUCGUCGAGCUUCGCAUCAUGGUCCUGGACAUCUGCGCCACAUAUGCCGCGCUCUUCGACAUCAUCAGCAAGAACUACUCCAAGAUCAAGAGGCCCCGAGGAGACAGCAAAGCUCUCAUCUACUGA